CGUUCGUUGAAAAAUUUAAAUUAGAAAUUUUGGAGGGAGUUUUGUGUACCAUUACUUUGUCUAUUUAUUUAACAAGCUAUUUACCGUUCAGUAAUGAAUACUAGCAGGAAGAAACGUGUCGUAAUAGAACAUCAGGACACCAAAGAAAAUGUUUUCAGGAAUGCAACGGGUACAUCUCGUAAAUGUCUUCAUGACAGGUUUGAGUUAGAACAACCAAAAUUGAAGAAUGGCGGAGGAGAUAACAAGCGUAGCAGCAGGUACCGCUUCAGCACGUCGGUGUUGGGCUCACCCUUCCAUCCUCGCCGAGCUUUAAAAUCGGGAACUGAUAAGUUGAUCAAGACAAUUAAUAAUGUCCGCACUACUAUUGAUUCCAUUUCACAGGUUAGAAUUAACCUUAAAUCAGCAUGCGGCAUGUUGACGGGUUCAGACUGAGGCCCGGCUGCAGGUACAUAGCGUAUAAGACUGAGGUCGUCCACGAGGCGCCGAACCCUCUUCAGCAACGACGGCAGUCCAGCCACUCCGCUGACUCCCGACGCUCGGACCCGCCGCCUGCUGGGACGCACUCCCACCAAGCUGUACAGCCCGUUCGGCAUCGAGUCGCCGCCCCACCGGGGCAGAGCUGGGGCUCCGAAGCAAGACGUGUCGUCCCUCUCCAGGAGUGGAGUGGAGGCGUCGACGAGGAAGAAAGUUCCGCGCUGCAGGCAUCGCGCGGCCCCGGGUGACGUCAGGGAGGCGUGCGGGAACGGACGUUGUGUGAUGUGCACCGCUCAUUACAUCCACAUGAGCCUGCGCAUCUAGGUUCACAACUGAUUAUCACAAGCGCAGCUGAGCAAACCUUUUUUUGGAUCAUCACAUCAAUCCAGCAUAUUUUUUUACAAUAUUUUUUUUUUAGUGCUAUUGCACAGUUACUUUUGACUAGAUUAAUAAUGUUUUUAAUUGAUAGCCUUGAGAGUAAGUUUUUUUAUAGUACAUGUAGCAAGUUAGCUGUAUAUUUUUUUGUGUGUUCUACAGUAUACCAACUUAAUUUAAGGUUCAGUGUCACAUGGGAAGUUGAUAACUUUUUAUGGCAUUGCUUUGCUUUUAAGGGCUAUUUCUGUAAAUUUUAGUACAACACCGCUCUUGCAUUUGUUGUUUCAUCGCAAAUAUGUUUAACGGACUGAGGGCGUACCGGUGUUAAGGUGAGAAUAUCGGUGGAAAUUUAUGGGCGCCACCACGUGAGUGGGCACGUGGACCCGGCUGAAAGACUCUAACUCAGGGCGUUACGUGGCCCGUGUGCGGCGAGAUAUUUGCCCUCUUGAUGUUUUACGCAGCUCCUGUCCCUAACUAAGCCCGCUCUCAGCGUCGGGCACGCUUCUAAUUACCGCAGUGGGCUCUUAGGGCGUCCCACACGCCGCUGACCAGGUUAGGGACCCACGUCCCCCCCCCCCCCCCCCCCCCCCGAACACUAAACACGUAACACAGUUAAUUGGUUUUUAUUCUACUCACGGUACACGUCUUUACACGAUCCUCCAUUGAUACAACUAUAAAACGCCCGAGGCACGAAUCAGAUUAUGUGAAGAGGCGAACCACGCACGUGGCCGCCUCAAGCCGUUACUUAAUACGCCGAUGAGAUAAAAACUCCGAAGAGUGAAUAAUUAUUACUUAAGCAGUCUCUCCGACCGAGAGAGGCCCCGAGGAUGAAAAGAAAGCGAUUUGAAUAAAUUAAGUUACAGAAUUACUACUCGGUGAACCAACGGUGAUGUCCUCGGGGUGUCUGCAGAGACGUCCGCUCUCGGCCGGCUGUAGGAGACUGGGGUGAGCUCAUGGCUUGCGGGAGGCAACAUGGCGCCCCUUCGCGCCGAACACAAUUACCGUUACAAUUUAGCUGUGGCGUGCCCCGGGUUACUAUUAGAAAAUACACAAAUCCUUUUACAAAAAUUAUUAAAUUACUUCCAUGUCCAGACCGUCUGUAAUAAUUACUUAUAAGAAUACAACAUGGUUCAAAUGAGUUGCAUGCUAGUUCCUCCGUCGCCUGCUAGGGAACGUCCUUGUUCGUGCUUUCACUUAUUAAAUAACAAAACAUCAUAAACUCGUUAAUUAAAAGACACUCACAUGCAUAGCCAUCGUUACACUGUUUUGGGGCGGAAAGAAAAAAAAGGAUUACAAUGUUUAUUAAUAUAUAUUAGGGGUGUGGCACACUGCAGCUAAGCGCCCUCUUGCCGGGCUAGCAACACACGCACACACGAGGGGGAGGUUUGAACAGAGAUGGUGGUUGGGCGGUGGCAUAUCGGGCUCAAAGGUGCCGCAGGCCCGGACGAUGUCAGGACAUUCAAUAAGUGAAUUAUAAUGGAUUUAAAAAGUUGUGCUAGUGGUCGUAACUAUCAUUUUUAUCAAUAAAUUUUUAGACCAAAUGUAUUACACCAAGUAAAUAUGUAAAUGUUGAAAAUAUUUGUGAGAAAAAAAACAAA